CGAGGCCUGACUUCAUUCACAGAAACGUCGGUAUGCCUGUCUGCCUCUCCAUUCACAGCCUGUCCAAAUCAUUUUCAGCAGCAUCUCUCCUCAGCAUCCAUUCUGCAUCUCCGUGACAACAACGAGCGUGGAGGACUGAUACCUUAUUUUUCUUGUUUGCUUCCAUCUCAUUGGAGAAGACAAACCUUGCUUUCCCUCUCUCUCUCUCUUUCUCUCUGUGUUUUCCUCUUUUUUUUCAUCUUGCAGGCGAACAGGAAAGCAAGACGAGGGACUGCAGUGCGUUAGCCGCAGCGUUACUGAAACAUUGUGAAUGACUCCGCUACGCCACUGACACUAGCUCUGGGCUCUGGACAUUUUUACAUGAAUGGCUGCUUUUUUGCUGCCCUAAUGUCACGGGCUUCAUCCCGUUGGCUGCUGAAUCCGGAGCGUGUUUUAGUGAGGUUGCAUCUUGACAUUGUGUAUUUGAAAGGGAUGUUUAAUUAUUUAACAGAGCUCAUUCAGGAGCACCUCUCGGCUUGUUUUGCCUUCUGUAAGAAGGCUCUGAGUGUGGAACAGGGAGAUGGAAAUAUGGCGAUGUUUCAAAGUAUGUAAGGAAGAACGGACGUGACGAACAAAGAGAUAAAACCGUAUGCAUCUCGUGCUUUACAUUGGACCAGAUUUUGCCGCUAACAAUGGCAAUAUAUAAGCGAGGUAGAAUGUACCAGAUCGUCCCAGUUGCGGGCGGUUAACGCAUUUCUUGUAGACCACAUUUUCACUGUCAUAAGGUGAUUCUGUAAUUCAUUUGGUAGAUUAUUCCCUCGUAAUCAACGGCAGAUCACGAAACGCACCUUAUGGCUUCCGCUCAAUAGAGCGCCUUUAUAAAACGCAACAGAAUGAGCGAAAUUAUCAAUGUAGGUCUUGAUCAUUAGUGAGCACCAUGAAAAACAACGCAAGUUUCUUAAAAUACAACAUCUUAACGAUCUUGACUUUUAAAGUGAAUGUCCCCUUUUUUCCAAGCUUAUUUGUUAUAACUGUUUUUAAAAUCAUUCUUAGGGUUGCUUCAUUGUUAUUUGCAUUAUUGAUGGAUUGACUGAGCCAGGAAAGAUAGAGGAGACAAUUUCAGUUCAGUUCAUUUUUAUUCAUUUUCACAUGGACUGAAUGAAACCGGGAGGCGUUCCUAUGGACAGGGCACAUUUUGAGAAUUGAUUGGUUCUACCGAGCUGUAAGUGGGAGUUUUUUCUGUACCAGAAAGUGUUCUGCAGUGUUCAGUGAGUCUUUUGUUGAGAAGGGUCUCUCGCUCGCUCUCUCUCUCUCUCUCCGAGUGAGUCAUGCAUGUACAUGGAUCUGCCAGGAUGUGGGGGGAGAGAGAGACAUCUUCUCAGUAGAGCCCUGUCUCUCUCUCUUUCUCUCUCUGCUAUCUCUGGCCCUCUAUCUCUGUGAAGGAGCGACCCAGCGCUGCUUUUCUCUCAUUGCACUCUUGUCUCCAUGGAUGCUGUGUUUUGUGGUUUAUUUUUGGUCCCUGAGCUGCUGUGCAGCGUUGGAUUUCCCUGACGGCAGCAUCCGCUGCAACAGCCUGCCGCUCUCUUUACCUCGAGCCCAGCAAGCAGGCAUUUGCCUCCCUGCGUGUGGACGGUUUCUCAGCUUCAGCAUGCCAAAUGAGCGGACGGUCCGCCGGGAGUUGGAUGUGUCCGUUGGCGCGUAGGCCAGCAUACCAAGGGGAAUGCUUCACCGUGCUAAAUACAACCGAUUCCGGAAUGAGUCAGUGACGUCCGUCGAUGAACUUCUGCACGGUCUCUCCAUGAACGCGAAGGUCUCGGCCGUCCCGCCCUCGCCGCCUGUUGGCGACCCUCUGUACGUCCCGCCGGCCGAGGUCUUUCCCCCCGACCCCGCGGAAGAGUCCGGGACCACCUUGUGCACCCUCAUCAACAAAGUCUCCAACCUCAAAUUCGCCAACUCCUCCGGACUGCUCGGCAUCAAGGGCCUGCCGUCCACUGUCAAAGACCUGGCCGUCUCCAAGCUCCAGGGAGGAACGGGGGGAGGUGGCUCAAGCAGCCCUAGCUCGUCUGCCCUCCCGGUGGCCACUGGGGGCAGCCUGUGCUCCUCGGCCGCUUCCGGAGCCCCUCACACCCCGCUGGAGCCGAGCUCUGUGAGCUCGGGAAAGAAGGGGAGGAUGGAAGAGUUUCAGCCCGGCGGAGAGGGGUGGAAUCUAGCUGGUGCGGGUGGAAUGGGUGCCGCGGGUUGCGGGGCACUGGUGAAUAAGCCAUCUCGUGGAUGGCUGCACUUGAGUGAGAAGAUUUCUGGACCCGGAGUGACAUACAUUGUUAAGUAUUUGGGCUGUAUUGAAGUUCUUCGGUCCAUGAGAUCUCUGGACUUCACCACACGAUCGCAAAUCACAAGGGAGGCGAUCAGUCUGGUGUGUGAAGCCGUUCCUGGUGCCAAAGGAGCUCUACGCAAGAAAAAGCCUCCCUCUAAACUUCUUUCCAGUAUUUUGGGGAAGAGUAACCUGCAGUUUGCUGGUAUGAGCAUCAAUCUGAACAUCUCAACCAGCAGUUUAAACCUAAUGACACCUGACUCCAAACAGAUAAUAGCAAAUCAUCACAUGCAGUCCAUAUCCUUCGCCUCUGGUGGAGAUCCGGACACGACCGACUAUGUUGCUUAUGUAGCGAAAGAUCCCGUCAACAGGAGAGCAUGUCAUAUUCUAGAGUGUUCUGAUGGUUUGGCUCAGGACGUGAUCAGUACGAUAGGUCAGGCGUUCGAUCUGCGGUUUCAGCUCUACCUGCAGUGUCCGUCCAGCAAACCCUCGACACUGCAUGACAGGGUUAUGAGUACAGAUGAGCCGCCAUGGACAGAGGAAGGGGAGGAGUCUGCCAAUCAUCACUACUACAACAGCAUUCCUGGCAAGAUGCCGCCACCAGGAGGCUUCAUUGACACUAGACUGACCAAUCAGAUGCAAGAUAGCAGCCAGGGUGCUGGAGUCGACCAAACAUACUACCAAGGCCGACCCAUGUUCAUCCAACAAGGGUCCUGCGACAUAUACAGUCUGCCUGAGGUCAAAGGUCAGACACCUAAGCCUGGAGAAGUCCCCACGUAUGUGAACACGCAGCACAUUGACACGCAGGUGUUGGCGGCACUGCAGGGAGAGACCGAGACGGUGUCUGAUACGAGCACGAGUGGGGCAGCUAGAGACAGCCCGAGGACGGACCUCUUUGACAUGAAGCCGUUUGAGGAUGCGAUCAUGACCCAGUCUCCAGCUCCUGCCCCUCUGCCGUCAGAACUCCAUAAAGCUGCGUCUGUGGAGAACUCCAGUCCACUGCUGGUGCGAGCGGCGGCCCUCAGAGCUCAGGAGGAGCUGGAAGGCCAGAGCUGGUAUCAUGGAGAGAUGAGCCGACGCCAGGCGGAGAAACUGCUGCUCCAUGACGGAGACUUCCUGGUGCGGAAAAGCACCACAAACCCGGGGUCGUACGUCCUGACGGGGAUGCACAAUGGACUCGCCAAACAUCUUCUGCUGGUCGACCCAGAGGGCACGGUACGGACGAAAGAUCACAUAUUCGAGAGCAUCACCCACCUGAUUGGCCAUCACCGUGACAACAACCUGCCAAUUGUCUCAGCAGGAAGUGAACUGUGUUUGAAGCAGCCGGUUGAAAGAAAACAGUGACGACGCCUCCAAAAAAACACAGAAUGGGACCCGCGACUCGCUUUUAUGAAAACAUGGCCAGAUGACUUUCCGAUGAUUUACGCUCUCGUCAUCAGAGAACACUCAACAAUUGUCCGAAGGUUUGACAAGGCGGCAGUAGACGACAGAAAAAUAGUUUUUAGAUAACGACGGGCGAAAGUGGAACGAAACCCGGUUUAUAGAACUGUUGUUGUAUUUUAUCACGCUGGUGGAAGAAUCUCUAUUUUUGAAGAAGACUUUGGUGGAUUUCGGACAGUCGUUUGAUGCUGAAAUCGCAGAUGUAGUUUGGAAGAAACGUAACUUGAUCUCGAGAGCGGAUGAGGUGAAAACUAGACAAAGAGAAAGUAUUUUAGACUUCAAAAAAGUUUUAGUUUUGUCUAUCAAGCACAACCAGAUUUUCAUGUCCGAAGAUGGAAGAGAAGAAAAAUAUGCCAGAAAUGAAAAAAGCUGUUUAUAUUCACCUGUUAUAGGAGUCUUCACCGCAGCUAGUGUGCGAGAUCGUUUGGUAGCUUCUAUCAAAUCACUGUUGAUUAUUCUUUCAAGGGAAGAUUUCAAUGUGUUUGCUUGAACUGAAAUCACUCAAAGACACACAGACACUCUGCAAGUCAAACUAGAACGCACUGCCAAAAAAUCUAUUCUUAAUCAGUGUUUUUGCCUUGUUUUCUAGUAAAAACGAUUUGUUUUUUUAAGUCUAGAUUUAGUGACGUUUAUGCUUAUUUAUAGUUUUUAGAUUUAGCUUUUCUUCACUUUACAUUUAAUAAUCAUUUCUGCAGCUCUAACAUCCCCAAACAGAACCGCAAGAAGAACCAAAUAGUCAGAACAGCCUGAAGGUCGGUGCCAAGUUUGGUGGAUGUAGUUUAAAAGCUCUACAGAAGCCCUGAACCGCAAGGUGAAAAAAACAAAUUGUCAUAUUGCAAAUAAAUUUUUAGGCAUCUUAGUGCUUCCUGAGCCUAUUUUAGGCUCUCUCUCCAAAAAAAAAAAAAUAAUAAUUCUUAAAAAAAAUUCUUAAAAAAAAAAUUAAUAAUUUUUUUUUUAAAUCUCCCUCUGAAAGAAAAAAAUUCUAAAAAUAAAAUCCUAAAAAAAAUAUAUAUAUAUUUUUUUGUUCCCUCUGAAAAUUAUUUUUCUCCUCAAGAAGCAACUCAUGAGAAUUUGGCCUGCUAGCUAACAAUUAGCAUGCAGUGUCUACCUCAGCCACCAGGUGGCACUAUGCAUGAAAUCUUGCACUGUUACAGAUGGCAGCGGUGAUGCUUAAUCUGUUGAUUUAAAGGUUUUGCCAAUCUUAAUCAAGGAAAGAAACAUAUAUAAUGUUAGUCUACUAAUACAUGAAAUCCCACAUCUCUCUAGCGCAUGUUUACAUGGACAACAAAUGAACAAAAGCACAUUAUCAAUAGCAGCAUUCAGGUUCCCAUUGUGAUGUCAUCAAACAAGCAGAAAUAACUCCCGUUGUUGCGCUUGUGAAACAUAUGUGACCUGAGGAAUAUUCUUUUAAUUGUAGUAUUUCAUGUAUUAGUAGACUCUCAAACAUUAUACAUGUUUCUUUCCUUGAUUAAGAUUGGCAAAACGCUCUUGUACAACUUUAAAUCAACAGAUCAAGUACCACAGAUGCCAUCUGUCACCUUGUAAUAUUUUAUGCCUACUGAUAGUGGCACAAGGUGGCCAAGGUUGGUACCUCAUACUUAUUGUUCACUAGCAAGCAAAACAAAAUUAAAUCUCAGUUGUUGCCUCUUGAGGAGAAAAACAACUUUAUUUUUUUAGCCAAAAAAAUUAUUUGAGAGAGAGAAUUUAUUGGUUUUGUUUAUUGAGGAUUAUUUUGUUUGUUUGUUAUUCAUUUAUUUUUUGAGGAUUAUUUUUUUUUAGAUUUCUUUUUUUUUUUGACAAUUUUAUUUAUUUAUUGAGGAUUUGUUUGUUUGUUAUUUAUUUAUUUAUUGAGGAUUUUAUUUUUUGAGAAUUGUAUUUAUUUAUUUGUUUGUUUGUUAUUUCUUAAUGUAUUUAUUUUUUAGGAUUUUUUGUUUUGUUUAUUGAGGAUUUGUUUGUUUGUUAUUUAUGUAUUUAUUUUUGAGAAUUGUUUUUGUUUUGUUUACUGAGGAUUUUUUGUUUGUUUAUUUGUUAUUUAUUUAUUGAGGAUGUUUUGUUUUUUUGAGAGAGAGAGAGAGAGAGAGAGAGAGGAAAAUAAAUAUUUGUAGGACAUAUGCUAAGGAAGGCACUAAGACACAAAAAAAAUUUUUAUAAAAUAAAUAAACCACAGUGCAGUUCAGGGCUUCCAUUAGUUACAGUUGUAUAUUUUGUGUUGGUUUAGGGAUUUUGUGAAAACCCCAAACCAUGUCUGUAGAGCGACCCGACUUUGUCAAGCCAACAUAAUGACUGUUUUAAAGCAUGUUUCUCAAGCCCUCCCCCAUCUGCCAUUGGUUAAUAAAACCGAUAGCUCCGCCUCAAACUCACACCAUUGGUUGAGCCAGUGUUGCUAUGUUGCGUCUCCUCAAACAAACAGUGCCACAGUCGAGAGAAACAUCUUACCUCUGAUUGUCUUUGCAUAUUAAACCGGGACAGCAGAAAGUAUUUUAACAUUGAAAUAUUGCAUCACCUUGAAUGAUGUUUAUGAUGUGAUAAAUCUUUUACUGGAAAACAAAACUGAAGUAUUAAGAAAAUGUUUUUUUACAGUGCAACACACACCGGCAUACACGCACAUACAUAGACACGCUUUAAAUACCUACAUUUUUCUAUGAUGUUGAAACCUGUCACUCGCAUGACUUAAUUGUAUUGUGGUCAUUUGUUGGUAGCAUUCAGGGCCCUGCAGAGGAGCUUUUGUGUUACUCACAGUGUAAAAGUGUUCAUUGACUUUGGGUUCUUCUUUAAACUUGUCAGAUCUGUGUAGUUGCUCCGUUCGGGGCUUUACUUUAUUACUCGGAUGUUUCUAUCAGUUUUCAUGGCUUGAUUAUGGGCUUCACAAACAGACACAUUGAUAUUAUAAUUAUUCUUCUGACUAUUAUUUAAAAUUAAAUGAUUAUAAAUGAAUAACACAAUCAAUUGUUCUUUCUGUGUGAGACGAGUGUGGUGUGUUUGGAAUAUUACUGGAUUUAUUUAUUCAUCAGUUUAACGCUUCACAGAACUGGACAAUACUU